AUGGAGGAUUGCAUAAGCCUGAGGAAAAUCGUUGAGCGAUUGAUUCGGGAGGGAAAGCUGGAUCAGUACAUCACUAGACCACCCCAAGCACCGGUCCCAAACGGGAAUCGGCAGAUCAACAUGAUUAGCACCAUCAGCAGAGGCCCCACUCUGGCAGGAUCAUCUAACCGAUCCGUAAAACAAUAUGUGCGUGCUGCUCACUACCCUCAAGUCUUCAGCAUAGAGAUCAACUGGCACCACAAGGCACCGAAGAUUGGGUGGGAGCCUAUCACAUUUUGCGAAGAGGAGGAAGAGGGGAUCCUUUACCCCCAUGAUGAUCCGAUGAUCAUUUCAGCUGAAAUUGCAGACUACGACGUAGGGCGGGUAUUGAUCGACAUCGAGAGUUCGGUAAACGUAAUUUUUGCCAAUGAUUUCAGAGGAAUAGGGAUAGCAGAUAGCUAG